CAGCAGACAUUCAGGGUGCCUCUUUGGGGCCAAGGAAAGAGUGCGACCCCGAGAAUCAUGCCAAGGCUUCCCCCUAUCCUGCGGCUGCUCCAAGCGCCCGAGAAGUACACAGUGAUUCCUAAAGCCCGUAUCUCUUCCAAGCCAGCCAAAUCUCCCACUUCUGCCAUGGAUCAGGCUGUGGGGAUGUCAGUCAUAAUCGCUGGCUUCAUGGUUCCAGCAGGAUGGGUCUUAUCCCACUUGGAGAGCUAUAAGAGAAGCUCCGCAGCAUGAGGAGCUCGGCGCAUCCCUGAGAGGCCAAUUAAACGCUUCCAGUACCUCC